AUGGCAUCAAACCUUCCCAUUCCUCUUCCUCCGCGCACCCCUACUCCACCCCCCGAUGAUCCUCCAAGCGCACCCGAUAACUCCUCCCGCCUUGAUGCGCAGGACAAAGAUUCCUUGUCACCAUUGGUAGACAGUUUCCCCCUACAAAGGGGCUCUUUGAAGUCUGAAGAUCCGAAUCGCCUGAGUCCUACGCGAGCGUCCUUUGCUCUCAGCCCUUCCGAUAAUGUACCGCAGAACAGUAAGGGUGACAAUGGCUCAGCUGGACCAUUCAAUUUCAAGACCACCACCAUGGCAAAGAGCCCGGUGGUAAAGUCCAACAUUGGCCAGCGACGUGGACACAAGUAUAAGCAUAGUAGCAUAUCACACCAGAUAUUCCUCGAGCCACCACCCAGGGCACCAUUGGCUUUACCCAAUUCAUUGCCGAUCCCAACUUUCAAGGAGUGCUGCGCGAGUAUGUCGAAAGAUCAGAAGACGCGUUUUUGGUGGAGUGUAUGUCAUAUGUUUGUCGCCGCAUAUACUCUUUGGAGUGCGCACGGGUCCCUGGCGAUGACGGCUCUGUCCCACCUCAUACUAUUUGACUCUCUUGGAGCGUUGCUUUGUGUUUCGGUGGAUGUAUUAAGCAAUUUCGAGGUGUGGAAGCGAUCCAGCGUUCGGCAUCCAUUUGGGCUGGAACGGGCAGAAGUGCUCGCCGGUUUCGCAAUGUGCGUGCUUCUGCUUUUUAUGGGAAUGGAUCUUAUCUCCCAUAACUUGCAGCACUUUCUCGAGUCAUCUGGCCACGAACCCCACCACUCUCAUGCUCAUGAACGAGUGUCUGUAGGCAGUGUAGAUGUCACUGCUCUGUUGGCCAUCUCAUCCACGCUGAUCUCUGCAAUUGGGCUAAAGAACCAUGGGCGAAUAGGAAAGGCGAUGCGAUUCGGAUAUAUUGAAUCUCUGCCUUCAGUGCUCAGCAACCCAUCUCACUUUCUUACGCUUUCUUGUUCCACACUUCUCCUGCUACUUCCCCUAGUAUCUGUGCGUCUCUACAACUGGCUUGACGUUCUCUUGUCCAGUACGAUUUCUAUUUCCAUGUGCGUCAUCGGUGUGCGCUUGGUCAAGACACUUGGUUCUAUGCUUCUCAUGUCAUAUUCUGGCCCGGGAGUAAAGGACGUCAUCCGAGAUAUUGAAGCCGACCCGUGCGUGUUCGGCGUCGACGACGCCAGGUUUUGGCAGGUCCACUACGGAUUAUGCAUGGCAGAUUUAAAGCUGCGUGUUUCAGGCUCAGAAGAAAAUCUCAUUCGACUUCGGGAGCGUAUCUCCAGCCUAGUCAGAAACCGAUUAGGUGGUGGAUAUGGGUCUGGAGGUCAGAGGUGGGAAGUGUCCUUGCAAUUUACGAUAGAGAAGUCAUGA